AUGAAGCAGAAACUAGGAAGGAAACUUAAUGAAUUGUUUGAAGAUUUGGUGUACAUGUUUGUUGAUGAUAAACCAUACAGUUAUGUAACAUGUGGAAAGGAAAGUGUAACAUUGGAUAACGUAAAACAAUCUAAUAUACAUGAAGGUGAUGAUAAACCAUACAGUUAUGUAACAUGUGGAAAGGAAAUUGUGACAUUGGAUAACGUAAAACAAUCUAAUAUACAUGACGGUCAUGACAAACCAUACAGUUAUGUAACAUGUGGAAAGGAAAGUGUAACAUUGGAUAACUUAAAACAAUGUAAUAUACAUGGAGGUGAUGAUAAACCAUAUAGUUGUGCAACUUGUGGAAAAGAGUUUAGAAUGAGGCAUUUCUUAAAAUGUCAUGAAAGAAUACAUACUGGAGAAAAACUUUGUAGUUGUAACAUUUGUGGAAAACAAUUUAGACGUAGUACAGACUUAAAAAACAUGAACAAAUACAUACUGGAGAGAAACCUUAUAGUUGUGCAACUUGUGGAAAAGACUUUAGAACAAGUACAUACUUAA